CCUGCCGCGCUCGCUGGUGCAGCCGGACCCGGACGCGAGCGGACGGCGCGGUUAUGGUGCGCGGCAGGGUCUCUCGGCUCUCGGUCAGCGACGUGCGCUUUCCCACGUCGCUUGGGGGCCACGGCUCGGACGCCAUGCUUCAUUUCAGCUUCAGAAGCCGAAGCUGGGCCAAACCCCGUGGUCACCAGCUCUUAGCACACCCCAGUCCCCUCUUCUGCCUGCACUGCACUGCCACCUUGCCUAAGCACACAGACCCUGACUACUCAGCUGCCUACGUCAUCAUAGAGACAGAUGCAGACGACGGACUCAAAGGUUAUGGAAUUACCUUCACUCUGGGCAAAGGCACUGAAGUUGUUGUCUGUGCUGUGAAUGCCCUCGCCCACCAUGUGCUUAACAAGGACCUCAAGGACAUUGUUGGUGACUUCAGAGGCUUCUACAGGCAGCUCACGAGUGAUGGGCAGCUCAGAUGGAUUGGCCCGGAGAAAGGCGUGGUGCAUCUGGCCACGGCAGCCGUGCUCAAUGCCGUGUGGGACCUGUGGGCCAAGCAGGAGGGAAAGCCUCUCUGGAAGUUGCUUGUAGACAUGGACCCCAGGACGCUGGUCUCCUGCAUAGAUUUCAGGUACAUCACCGAUGUCCUGACUGAGGAGGAUGCCUGUGAAAUACUGCGGAAAGGUCAAGUUGGUAAAAAAGAAAGAGAAGAGCACAUGCUGGCACAUGGCUAUCCUGCCUACACAACUUCCUGUGCCUGGCUGGGGUACUCAGAUGACAUGCUGAAGCAGCUCUGCACAGAGGCGCUGAAGGACGGCUGGACCAGGUUUAAAGUAAAGGUUGGUGCUGAUGUCCAGGAUGACAUGCGGAGAUGCCAACUCAUCAGAGACAUGAUUGGACCGGAGAAAACUUUGAUGAUGGAUGCUAACCAGCGCUGGGACGUGCCCGAGGCAGUGGAGUGGAUGUCCAAGCUGGCCGAGUUCAAGCCAUUGUGGAUUGAGGAGCCAACCUCCCCCGAUGACAUUCUGGGACAUGCUGCCAUCUCCAAGGCAUUGGCCCCAUUAGGAAUUGGUGUUGCCACAGGAGAGCAGUGCCACAAUAGAGUGAUAUUUAAGCAACUCCUACAGGCAAACGCCCUGCAGUUCCUCCAGAUUGACAGCUGCAGACUGGGAAGUGUCAAUGAAAACCUCUCGGUGUUACUGAUGGCCAAAAAGUUUGAAAUUCCUGUUUGCCCCCACGCUGGUGGAGUUGGCCUCUGUGAACUGGUCCAGCACUUGAUUAUAUUUGACUACAUCUCCAUCUCUGCAAGCCUUGAGAACAGGAUGUGUGAGUAUGUGGACCACCUGCACGAACAUUUCAAGUACCCCGUGAAGAUCCGCCAGGCUUCCUACAUGCCUCCAACGGAUGCUGGCUAUUCAACAGAAAUGAAGGAGGAAUCUGUAAAGAAACAUCAGUAUCCAGAUGGUGAUGUCUGGAAGAAACUCCUGGCUACUCAGGAAAAUUAAGUGUUCAGUGCUAACAUCUUUCCUUUUUAUGUGCAAAGGCUUAAUAUGUCUUGGAUAUAGUUUUACAAAAAUAGAAGAAAAAUUUCAUCCUACCAGUCAAGUUCAGCUGAAAGUCCUAAAAACAUUAGGAAUCAGCUCAGUAAUCAUUAUUACCUGGCUCUUUUAGCAAGUCAAUACAUAGUCUCCUAUUUAAUCCUUAACAGGUUUAGAUUAACUAGCCUGAAGUCCAGGAAGAUGUUCUUAGAGAGUUACUAUUGCGUCCUGGUACACACACAUUAAGCUGUACUUCAAUUUGAAAACAAGCAACAUGUUGCAUAAUUUGUUGGAACAAUCCUUAUUCUGAUUAAUACUUGUCAAAAAUUAGCAGAAUAAAAAUAGUUCUGCAGCACCAUGGGGUAUCUGGUAUUCAACAAAGGGAAAA